GAAGCAGGAGUGUUUCACAGUACUCCGCACCUCUCCCCCAUCUGUCUCUCUCUCUCUCUCUCUCUCUCUCUCUCUCUCUCUCUCUCUCUCUCUCUCUCUCUCUCUCUCUCUCGGAAAAAAAAAGUGGUAUUAGAUUAUCGCACGAGGAGGAGGAAAAAAGAGAAGAAAAUAAACACAAAGAAGCAAUAAACCAAAAAGGAAAACAAGGCCAGCAUCUUUCCUUCUUUAAUUUGAAUUUCUUUACUUCGUAAUUUUCUUAUCUGGCGCAGUCCUUAUAUAUGCAUUAAUUUCACUAGUACAACAUUAAUGAAGAGGAGGAGGAGGGGGAACAAUCAUAUGCAUUUCAUAGCUAGAACCUUAACUUUCCUUCCUCCUCUCUUUUCUUAUUUAAUCAUUCUUUUCACUAAUAAGGAGAAGGAGCAGAUAAACAUGAAAGUAGGAAGAAUAAUGGCGUUCGGUAAUAAGGAGAGUCUGCUUCCUCCCCUCUUUCUUCACAUUUCAUUCCUCCUUUCCUUAUUUGAUAAUUUCCUUUGCUAACGCAGAAGGAAAAGGAGGAGAAGGAGUUAAACAUGAAAAAAGAAGAAAAAAGAGGCGUGUGUUUUGUCCUUUCUUUCUUUACUUCAUUCUUUCCUCCCCUGCCUGGCGCCUCUCUCUCUCUCUCUUAUAGGUGCGGGCGGUGCUGCCUGUGGAGGAGGGCGCAGCUGUGUACCACUGUGAGGCGCAGCUGGACGGCAGAACCAUUGUGACUCACUGCUUGGAGAAGAACAAGGCAGAGAAGGUGUACAAGGAGGCUUUGAAAGAGGGGAAGACUGCCCUCAUGACACGAGAAGACCCUGACUCAAGCGACAUUCUCACGCUUAACCUCGGCAACUUUCCUGCGGGAACGAGGGCCAAGGUCACCCUUCGUCUGGUGAUGGAGUUGAGGGCUGAGACAGACGGCAUCAUCAGCUUUGUUUUGCCCACAGUACUCAACCCGCGCUACACCCCUGCUGACCACCCUCGCAGGCAAGAUUGGGACUGGAGGUGGGAGGAUCGAGGGGUGUAUGUGACACAGCCUUACUCCAUGGAGGUGAAGGCACAAGUAUGUGGUAACCACCAGAUAUCUCGGAUCGUCUCCCACACUGACCCACUCAACGUGACCCUGACUGAUGAUGCCAUGUCUGCCCAGGUGAGCCAGGACGGAGGGUUCAGCUGCGACCACGACUGGAGCAUGCUUCUUGUACUACAGGAGCGCCUAACGGCCCCACCUGUUGCGGGAGACCGGUGAACGCUCUGCCACUGGGAUCAUGAAGGAUGACCUGCUCAUGCUGAACCUCUUCCCAGAGGUGCCCACCAACACCUACUCCAGCAGGAAUGAGAUUAUCUUUGUCAUCGACCGCUCAGGAAGCAUGCAUGGGGAAAAGAUAGAGAGUGC